UGCAUCUGAAGGAGACACCCAUGGACCUCACCACCUGGAUGAACAACUACACUGGACAGUCAGAUUUCACCCUGGUGGGAAUCUUCAGUCAAUCCAAACACCCUGCCCUGCUUGCUGUGGUCAUAUUUGUGGUUUUCCUGAUGGCAUUGUCUGGGAACGCCCUCCUAAUCCUGCUGAUACUCUCUGACAUCCACCUCCACAUACCAAUGUACUUUUUUAUCAGCCAGCUGUCCCUCAUGGACAUGAUGUACAUUUCUGUCACUGUGCCCAAGAUGCUCAUGGACCAGGUCCUGGGGAGCCACAAGAUCUCAGCUGCUGCCUGUGGGAUGCAGAUGUUCCUCUAUGUGACACUAGCAGGUUCAGAAUGUUUCCUUCUGGCUGCCAUGUCCUAUGACCGCUAUGUGGCCAUCUGCCAUCCACUCCAGUAUCCUGUCCUCAUGAACCACAGGGUUUGUCUCCUGCUGAUGUCUGUAUGUUGGGUCCUGGGAUCCUUGGAUGGCUUCAUGUUCACCCCUGUCACCAUGACCUUCCCAUUCUGUGGAUCUCGGGAGAUCCAUCACUUCUUCUGUGAGGUCCCUGCUGUGACAAAGCUCUCCUGCUCAGACACCUGGCUCUAUGAGACCCUCAUGUAUGUGUGCUGUGUGCUUAUGCUUCUCAUUCCUGUGACAGUCAUUUCAGGCUCCUAUUCAUCCAUCCUCCUCACUGUUCUCAGGAUGAACUCAGUAGAAGGCAGGAAGAAGGCCCUUGCCACCUGCUCCUCCCACAUGACUGUAGUCAUCCUCUUCUAUGGCGCUGCUGUCUAUACCUACAUGCUCCCUGCCUCCCUCCAUACCCCUGAGAAGGAUGUGGUGGCAUCUGUUUUUUACACCAUAGUCACCCCUCUGUUGAACCCACUAAUCUACAGUUUUAGGAAUAAGAAUGUCACAGAGGCUAUUAAGAAACUGUUAGGUGUGAGCACCAUCUUCCAAGAAACAGUAAAGUAAGCUGUAAUGCAUAUUUCUCUUCCUUGACUCUACACAUCUGUUGAUCCAAGUCUCAGGCUGAUGUUAUUGCUGAUCCAUCAUGCCUCAUUUCAU